AAAUUUAUUAAAAUCCAGCGCCUCAAAAUUCUCUGAAUCUCUCUCUUUUCGAUUUCGGCUUCAAUCAAAUUCAGGGUUGGUCACGUGCUGCGAUGGCGUCGAAACGAAUCUUGAAGGAGCUCAAGGAUUUGCAGAAGGACCCGCCUACCUCUUGCAGCGCUGGUCCCGUGGCGGAGGACAUGUUCCAUUGGCAGGCAACAAUUAUGGGACCUGCUGAUAGCCCAUAUGCAGGUGGUGUUUUCCUUGUUUCGAUUCACUUCCCUCCAGACUAUCCAUUCAAGCCUCCAAAGGUUGCAUUCAGGACCAAGGUAUUCCACCCAAACAUCAAUAGCAAUGGAAGCAUAUGUCUUGAUAUUCUUAAAGAACAAUGGAGCCCAGCACUAACCAUUUCCAAGGUGUUGUUAUCCAUAUGCUCUCUGUUGACAGACCCCAACCCUGAUGAUCCCCUUGUCCCUGAAAUUGCACACAUGUACAAGACUGACAGGGCCAAGUAUGAAGCCACCGCACGCAGCUGGACGCAAAAGUAUGCCAUGGGCUGAAAAUCAAGAAAAAAUCCGAGCAUUUGUAAAAUGUUGCAAAUGCAAGAUUCCAUCUCCUUUUAAGUUGAAUAUUGAAACAUUGAAAAUUUAUUUGUCUUAAUUGGUCAAGGAGCUUGGUUCUCAAUCUGUGAAUAUUCAUUUGAAGGCAUUUGGAGAUGGGAGAAAAACUGUAUUGUAUCUUUGCCAUGUUAGUAUGAAGUGAAUGGUUUGUUUGUUGA